AUGAGCACGAGGUCACAACACCCGUAUCGCCAGGUUUCCGCGGGCUCUUCAGCACCAUAUCCAUUACUGGCUUUCAAUCCAACUAAUUCCCAAAGUGACAGAUCUGAUAGUUCGCCAAGUAUGACUGAGAUUACUUCGGGCAUGGAGGAUUUACAAAUACCUACAAAUUACGAAAAAGGGUACUACCAGCAACCACAGCAAUUACAGCAAUUACAGCACCCACAACAUCCGCAACACUUACAACAACCACAGCCUCCACAACAACCACAACAACCACAACAACCAGUUUUGCAGAUGGAACAGCAAUAUCAACAGGUUCCUCUUCAACAACAAGCCUACAGAGGUCCAAUGAGCCCACAAGAAAAUGGACAAAUGCUGAGAAACGUUAGUGGGGGAAGCGGCAAUAUUGGACAAUCUCCUGUUUACAGCCACUUGCCACCACACUUGAUCCCUCACUUGCCCCAAUUUUCUAAUCAGCCACCACCACCACCACCACCAUCUUCUUCUACUGCAACUUCUUUUUCUCAAUUUCAAUCUCCAAUUUUACCAACGCAUCCUCACCACCAACAAUCUUUUGAACAACCUGCAUAUACUCAAUCGCCAAAAAUCGGUGUUGUGACAAAUGGAAGAUCUACUUCUUCUUCUGGUGGCCCAUACCAAGCUUACGAGUCCUUAACACCACCUUCUGCAUUUGUAGGCUCAAAAGAAAGCAUUGUUGUGUCACCACCUUCAAACCCAUUAUCAGCUACUUCUUCAGUAACUAAUCUCAAUUUGAACAACAAUAACAAUAACCAACAAUCUUUAGAUAACCAAAUAUUCAGUAGGUCGGAAAAUAAUUUGAGUACGCCAUCAGUUGGGAAGUAUGGACAUAACCGUUCAGUUUCAUCAACGUCAUCCUUCUUUUACGAUAGGAAUGACAACUCAUCAAUGGUUGAUUUUAACCAAAAUGUUAUCCAACAAUAUUUGGGAUCCAAUUCUCAAAAUUUAAUGCCAAGAAUCAAAACUUUGGAGUUGUAUCGUAAAAAUGCCAAAAAAUCAAACGAUCCUAAUGUCUUGUUUCAAUAUGCCCAGUAUAUGUUGCAAACGGCAUUGAUUUUAGCGGCGGACUCUAAUAGUAGUAACACUGAUGCAACUACUACUACGAUUUCUUCCCAGUCUUCAAGUGAAAACAGUAAUCUGAAUAUCUCACUGCGGAAAAACGAUAAACCAAGUCAUAAAAAGAGUAAAUCAUUUGAUUUCGUCAAUAAUGAAGUGGAUGGAGAUGAAAAAAAAUUGAGAAAAUCUUUAUUAAAAGAAGCGGUAUUUUACCUUAAGAAACUUUCAGACAAAGGAUACGUUGAAGCGCAGUACUUACUAGGAGAUGCUUAUAGUUCAGGUGCGUUGGACAAGAUUGAAAAUAGAGAGGCAUUUAUAUUGUUUCAAGCUGCAGCAAAGCAUGGACACGUGGAAAGUGCAUAUCGUACCUCAUACUGCUAUGAAGAAGGUUUGGGAACAGGAAGAGAUGCACGUAAAGCCGUUGAGUAUUUGAAGAUUGCUGCUGCGAAAAACCACCCGGCUGCAAUGUACAAGUUGGGAGUUUAUUCCUUUUAUUCCAGAAUGGGAUUAGGUACAGAUAUGAAUACUAAAAAAAUGGGUAUCAAAUGGUUGACGAGAGCAACUAAUGUAGCUACCGAACUAACUGCAGCAGCACCUUUUGAAUUGGGUAAGCUAUACUAUAACGGAUUUGAAGACAUUGUUAUUGCUGACAAAAAAUAUGCAUUGGAAUUGUAUGCACAAGCUGCCGCAUUAGGUCAUACCCAAUCUGCAGCCAUAUUGGGUUCUCAUUACGAAUACGGCGAUGAUGUAAUCCCACAAGAUUCCAACUUGUCUAUACAUUAUUACACACAAGCGGCUUUAGGAGGCGAUGCGCCAUCUAUGCUUUCAAUGUGUGCAUGGUAUUUAGUAGGAGCUGAGCCAUAUUUGCCAAAGGAUGAAGUUGAAGCCUUUGAAUGGGCCAAAAGAGCCGCUCUGUGUAAUUUGCCCAAAGCACAAUUUGCGUUGGCAAACUUUUAUGAAAAGGGAAUUGGAUGCAACAGUAAUGUAGCUGAGGCUCAAAACUGGUAUAGGAAAGCCGCUGAAAAUGGAGAUGAGAAAAGUCUUUCAAGGUUAACGGAUAAAGAGUUGGUUAAACAUAUUCAAAAGAGAUUGGCUAAAAGGAAAAAGGCAGCGAAUAAUGGCAACGGAGGCAAUGGUAAUGGAAAUAAUGGUAAUGGAAAUGGUAUGAGUAAUGGACCUACCAAAGCUAGUCCUCAAAAGGACUGUGUUGUCAUGUAG